UAGAAAUUGUACCAUCUCGGAGGGAGAAGGCCCGGGGCGUGGAGGACUGGGGCCUGUGUAUCACCUGCUGUAACAAUAAAAAGACCACAAAAUGGAGAAGCUCGGCCUCGGCCAAGAGGAGGAGAACAACAACCAGCAGGCUGUGGCCGCGCAGAACCCAGAAGACUCGCGCCACCUGAGUAUCCAACGCUGCAUCCAGUCCCUGGUGCAUUCCUGCCAGUGCCACAACGCCAGCUGCUCCCUGCCGUCCUGCCAGAAGAUGAAGCGGGUCAUGCGCCACACCCAGGGCUGCAAGCAGAAAACCAAUGGCGGGUGCCCCAUCUGCAAGCAGCUCAUUGCUGUCUGCUGCUACCAUGCCAAGCGCUGCCAGGACAACAAGUGCCCCAUGCCCUUCUGCUUAAACAUUAGGCAAAAGCUCCGGCGGCAGCCGCUGCAGUACCGGCUCCUGCAGGUCCAGAUGAUCCAAAGGAGGUUGGCCUGCAUGCAGCGGACUAGGGCGGUUGGGCAGCAGCAGGGCCUGCCUUCCCCGACUCCUGCCACUCCAACCACGCCAGCGGGUCAGCAGCCAAGCGGCCCGCAGACACCCCAGCCCCAGCCCCAGCCCCCCUCGCAGCCUCAACCCACCCCUCCCAGCAGCAUGCCACCCUUCAUGCCCAGUACUCAGGCGGCUGGCCUUGCGUCCCAGGAUAAGGCUGAAGGCCAGGUGACCCCCCCAACCGACCCUGAGACUGCUCAGCCACCUUUUCCUGGGCCCCCACCAGCAGCGGUCGAAAUGGCCGUGCAGCCCAGUGGGCAACUGGAGGUAGGGGCGGGGCCCACAGGCAUGCAGCAGCAACCACCGUGGGCCCCAGGAGGAAUGCCUCAGGCCCAGCCGCUCCAGUCUGGGAUGCCAAGGCCGGCCAUGGUGUCCGUGGCCCAGCCUGGUCAGCCUUUGAACGUGGCUCCCCAGCCGGGACUGGGCCAGGUGGGCGUGAGCCCUCCCAAGCCGGGCGCAGUGUGUCAGCAAGCCUUACGGGAGCUCCUGCGGAUUCUGCGCUCUCCCAGCUCUCCCCUGCAGCAGCAGCAGGUGCUGAGUAUGCUUCAUGCCAACCCCCUGUUGUUGUGUGCAUUCAUCAAGAAGCGGUCUACCCAGCGUGCCAACUCCAAUGCACAGCCCCCCCCUGGGCAGCCGGGCAUGCCCCAGGGCCAGCCUGGGCAGCAGCCUCCUGCCAGGCCAGGCCAGCAGGGCGUCCGCAACAAUCCCGCCAUGCAGAACGUGAACCCCAUGCAGGCCGGCGUCCUGCAGCCAGCCUGGCGUCACAGAGGCAGCGGUAGCAGCUGCAGCCGCCGCUGGGCGGGCUGAGCCCCCAGGCGCAGCAGAUGAACAGGAACCACAGCGCCAUGGCUUCGUGGUUCCGAGACGUUUCCAUAGACUCCAGCAGAGGCUGCGGGGUGGGGGGGGGGCACGCUGGUCGGGCUCAUUCCCUGUCUAGCCAACUGAAACCCCUCCAGCAGCACCCCACUCCAGCCCUUCCCCGAGGAUGCAGCCUCAACCUUCUCACCACGUGUCCCCACAGACCAGUUCACCACAUCCCGGACUGGCAGCUGCCCAGGCCAACCCCAUGGAACAAGGGCAUUUUGCCAGCCCGGACCAGAACUUGAUGCUUUCUCAGCUUGCUAACAAUCCAGGCCUGGCACACAGCUGACUCGGGUUCAAUGAUCCCCAGCAUCCCAUGUGAUUCUCUGAGCACUACCAGUGGUCAUUCCUGAGUGCAGAACCAGGAGUAACCCCUGUGCAUCGCCAGGUGUGACCCCAAAAAAAAAGAAGAAAAAAAAAGUGCCAUAGCCUGUUUGUAGUUAAAGCAAACAUACAAGAUAAACCUGAGGCAUGGUGUAAUACAAAGAAUUUACCCUAGUUAUGGCUGGUUCCUGCCAACCUUUUUUUUCUUUGUUGUGUUGUUCAAGUGUGCACUGGGAGGAGGCUGAGGUCUGUGAUGCCAACCACAUGCUCCUGUGUUGCACCUCCCAUAGGUUUUACUAUUUUUUGUAAGUUAAUAUAUGUAAUUUUAAUAGUUAUUUACUAGUCUGCAUGGUUGACAUUUUUCCCUAUUUUCCUCACUUUAUGGAAAAAUUAAGUAAAAAGUUAAAAAAUUUUAAACCAGAACAAAUGGGGUUAAUGUUACUUUAAAAUUACAUUCUAUAUAUUGUGAACUACUUUAUGAAAGUAGAAUACAUAACAUUUUUUAAAAAUUACAUUGUAUAUUAAAAUAUCAGUUUUUCUCUCUAGUGCAAAGAUGUUUGUUGUUUUUGAAUUAUAAUUAAAAAAAAAUUCCCUUUCCUACCCUCAUGACAACUUUUGUGCUCCAGAAAAUUUCUAUUCCGUUAAGUUUGUCAGAUCGUAAAGACUUCCAAGUAUUAAAAUAAUUUGUACAUAUAGAGAGAGACAUAGCUUUUUCAAAAUAUAGAGGUAUGUGCCGUAUUGAUGUAUUAUAUUGUGCUGUUUCUUGAAUUUUUUUUGUAAUUCUUAAUUCUAACAGGAAAAAAAAUAGAGGAUGAGAAACAAUUCCAGUGAAACAAUUUUAACCUGCAAAAUGUCCUUGGGGUUUCUUUGCAUGCGUCCUUCCUUCUUAUUCUACCCCCACCCUACACACACACACUCUUUCUGUAAAAUGUGAAAAGAGCAAAAAUCCUCCACUAUUGUAAAACACACAGUUAAAGUUGAUUAGUUAUAAGUAUUAUGAUCACUGUAGAGACUGCUAAGUUUUAUUACCUAUGCUUCAAUAAACUGUGUUCAG